AUGGAAGAGCGCGCGGUGUCGUCCGCGCACGCGUCGCCGUCGUCCGCGGAGCGAACGAUCGCGCCGGAGAGGGUGUUCGAGCGAUGUCGAGACGCGGCGAGGGCGUUGGAGGUCGCGGCGCUCGGCGCGGUGAGUCACCGGGAGAAGUGCUCGGCGCUGUGGGGACAGGCGGAGGCGACGAUGCUGGCGCUGGAGGAGGUGGAAAACAUGGUGGCGAUGUACGAUGACGCGGUUCGGGUGAUAGUGAAGCGGAACUGCGUGAGCGUACUGUCAAAGCUGACGAUGGGACGGACGCUGGUGGAGGUGUACGGGUCGUACACGACGGCGCAGAAAAUGGCGCGGUACAUCGCGGGUUGGACGACGGACGCCAAGUUUGAAGAGUUGACGAGAGAGCUGGAAGCGCUGGAGACGCAGCUGUGGCACAUGACUGGGGCUGCGGGUCGUCUAGGGGUGGCAGUGGCUUCGGGCGACGGUCGUAGGCGGCUCUUACGAGGUGGCUUCGGGCAGACGCUCGAUACGAUCUUUGGAUCGGGUAUUCUAGCGAUGUGCGCCGGGGGAUCGGAUGGGUCGGAGCUCUGGUGGUCCACAGGGGGUCAGUUCGCUCGCCUGCACGCGUACGACAUGUUCAUACAGGGGCAGCGGGAGAUUGCCCGUCCGCGUCUAAACGAGGACGCCGCGGGCGUUGGAAUUCGUUGUCUCACCGGUUCCUCUGCGGGAGCGCCGACGCUGAAUGCACCCAUCGUCACGAUGUCAAGCAGUACUUCGAACGACUCGGUACUUUUGUGGGCCGGUCUGAGGAAUGGGGUGGUGAUGGCGUGGGAUUGCGACUUGGGAAAAUUAUUGAGCACAGACAUCGUCCUCGCCUCUCGGGACAAAGCAGUCACCGCCAUCGCGCCCAUCGACGCUACGCGUGCUUGGGUCGGAUGCGAAGACGGUACAAUAGUGGAAGUGCACGCACCGGCAACAAAGCCUGAUUCAAGUUGGAGUUACAGUGGGAAGUGUUUCAAGACGCGAGACGUGUUCCCCGCAGAUGCGCAUGAGCGACCGAGUUUUGGUGAGCCACGGGAAAAUUCGAAGGGCGUCCGGUGCAUGAUUCAUAACGCAAAUGAAGGAUCCGACGGGUUCAUGUUUAUCGCGUGCGAGCGGGACUUAUUCUUGGAAAUUUGGGACAUCGCUGACGCCACGUGUGUUAGAGUUGAGGCUCUGGACGAUCUCGGCGCGGUAGUUUCACUCAUGCAGCAUCCCACCGUUCGAGACUUGAUCGUGAGCGUGCACGAAACUGGGGCGGUCCAGUUGUGGGGCGGCGACAAAUGCGCCGUAAAAACGGGUGAUCGCGUGAUGACGAUCACUCCGGGGUUCAAGCAAGUCGAGAAGUGGUCGCUCGCUCCAUUUUCCAAGUACUUCGGUAAAACGGUCAUCGGAGCGGUGGCCGUGGAAAACGUGCUUGUCAUCGGUCAUGCGAGCGGCAAACUCACGAUCUGGUCGCUUCCCGGGGCACAGGAGCUUCAUGAUACGACCCUUCAUUCGGAAACCCUGGCGUCUUCGCCCGCGAGUGCAUCAGUCACUGUUCGCUGGGGCAAGCGCGUGGCACAUGAAAGCGGGCUCGUGCAUCUGACAAAAAUUGAUGGCGGUGGUUCCCUCGGAGUCGUUACCGUCGGUCGCUUCGGCAGUAUUAUGUACUGGCCUCUCGCACAGCUCGAGUCUGGCCUGGGUAAGGGUAGAAAACCGCGACCGAUGCUCGGAACGCCUUCAAAGAUGAACGAAGACCGGCUCAAGCCGAAAACGCCAGAGUCGGGUACUCUAUCGGACACGGCUAGAAUCGCCUACGAGCACAUCAAGCUAGUGCAAAAGAUCGGAGAGGGCUCAUUCGGUCGUGUGUACAAGGCUAAGUGGAACCAUAUCGACGUAGCCGUCAAGUUUAUCGGCCCCAGUGACAUUGAUGUCACGGCGAGCGGACUCGGUCGGAGUCUGGAAGAGCUCGAGAAGGAAGUGAGCAUCAUGACAAAGUUGAGGCAUCCAAACAUUGUGCUUUUGCUCGGCGUCGUGAUGUCACCUCGCCCAGCGAUUGUGCAGGAAUUUUGCGUUCGAGGUUCGCUCUACACCGUGCUGCAACGUCACGCAAAAUCUGGAGCCCCAGAGCUCACGUGGCGCCUUCGUCUUCAAAUGGCUCUCGGCGCAGCUGCGGGAAUGCUUUACCUGCACGAAUGCACACCUACGGUGUUACACCGCGAUUUAAAGAGCGCAAACCUCAUGGUCGAUCGUUACUAUCGCGUAAAAGUGGGUGACUUCAACCUUUCUCGCGCGGAGAUCGUUGCCUCGAGUGAAAGCGCUGAAUUCUCUGGCAACCUGCACUCGCCGAGCUGGAUGGCUCCGGAAGUCCUCUGCGACUCGCAAUACAGCAAGGCUUCCGACGUGUAUUCGUUCGCAGUCGUGAUGUGGGAAAUUCAAAGCCUCCAAACGCCGUGGAAGGACUUGCACAUCUAUCAAAUCGUAACCGCGGUGCCCGAUGGCGAGCGGCUUGAUCCGACGGCCACGCACGGUGUCGUUUUCCAUGAAGCUAAAGCUUAUCAAGAUUUGAUGAUGCAAGCGUGGCAGCAAGAUCCAGCCGUCCGCCCUUGCUUCGAGCAGCUCGUGGAAGAAGUGACCACGUUGCUGAGUGCAGAGAUCGCUCGCGAUCCGCAAUUGAAAAAGGGUGAAAAAAGCGCGCCAGCGAGGGCGCCGCCGCCGCCGCUCCUUCAGACGCAAAAAUCCAGUUCUUUCAGCGUGAGAGAUUCCAUCAAACGGCGUAGCGUUCGAGAAUCGAUUAAAUUUUCGAGUGCGAUCGAGAGACGGUCGUCGAGCGUGGAGGCUCUGCCGUCCGCGGUGAGAUCGCAGUCGCGCAAAUCGCAGUUCAACGAGGAGGACCUUGAAGAAUCCGUCGUCAUCGAAACCCCGUACGCGACGCCCGCGGCGAGCCCUGAGAAAGCAACCGGGGAGGAGCCCGAAGCGAAACCAAUAGUAAUAGAUGCCGGUGAAGUGCCGAGCGCGUCACUUCUCAUCGGUAUGCGAGCCCGAAAUUCUUUCAACUCAUCGACGCGCGAGCGUGCGUAG